UCGAGAUACAAGUUAGAUUUAGCUGACAGUGUGUGUUUUACCAGGCGCAUGAAGCAUGUACUCGUAUCACUGGAACGCAAACCAAGCUCGCAAUCCUGAUUUCAGGAGGUUUACGGUUGUUGAGGGCUAUUCAAGCAGAGAGGUCCCAUUCUCCUCGGGUCUCAACCCUAGGAAGAGGCUUCACUCAGCGGAGGAAGUCAAAUGCGGCAGCCGGCCAAACCCGGAGGGCGCGGGCUCCGUGUCCGUAACAGAGAUAAGUCAGUCGGAGAGAAAAGACGACGGUGACACCCUUUGCCAACGAUGUCAGAUCAUCGCGUCCGAACUGAACAGGCAGGCGUUCACUCUGGCGGACCCUGGAUCACUGAAGGAUCCCAGCUUUGCAGCGUUCCUGCUCGACAAGCUCCAGGCGUUGGAAUGGCCGCCCCGCGGGAGGCAAGCCGGGAGCUCUUGUGAGGUGUGCGGCACCCCCCUGCACUAUCUGAGACGCCUGGCCCUGCAGAAGGCCCUGGAGCUGGCCAGAGAUAUGCCCGACCCGCAGCCAGGACCCUUCUCGGGGUUCCCGCCCCGGCCAGCCGCGCAGAGCGUCGUGACGUUGCCCUCGGCGCACCAGGCGUCGCGCGAUUGGUCGGUCCAGAGCUCCCACGCCCGGUCGGCGGCCAAGCCCUACGGGCCGUCGGCGUCGGCGUCGUCGUCGUCGGGGGACAAGCAGAGAGAUUACGGGUGGCUGGCCGGUCCGGGGGCGUCUGGGGGCACUCCGCCCCCGUGUCUGGCCAAAGUGACCCCUCUGCCCGUCCACGCCCAGCACUACCUGGAGGGGGUUUGGAGCGUCCACAGGGUCAGUCGGUCAUCACAUCACCACUAUGCUCAGAGGCAGACUAAUUCAUCUUUCCCCAGGCUUAAAUGCCACCUGCAGUCUCCUAAUGGUCCUCCUUUGGCAACCUGGCUCACCGAGGCCCUCCGGAGAUCCGCAGGGGAGGCUGCCUCCACGUGCCGGGGAGGAGGAUGCCCAAAACUGGACCUGUCAACAGAUGGGCCCGGAGACUCAGUUGCUGCUGACGCAGACAGAGAGAGUGUGUUGUCCGACAGCCUCAGCUCUGGCAUGGUCAGCCCCCUGACCUCCAUCUCCUCUCCGACCAGCCAGACGCAGUCCUCCGCCUCGUCCACCACCUCCGGGAGCGCAGCGGCCGCUUUCUUCAUCAGGGCCGCUCAGAAGCUGAACCUCUCCAAGCGGAAGAAGCCCCAGCCGCCGCCGCCGUCGCCGCCCGACCCCGACGAGCCCGCCUUCUACACCGAGGGCUUCAGCGCCACCCUGCAGCUCUCGCCGCCCGCCGUGCCGCCAUGCCUCCUCCGGGCGGGGUCAAAGGUCAAGGACACCCCCGGGGUGGGAAAGGUGAAAGUGAUGGUGCGGAUAUGUCCCGUGCCAGGAUCUCCUGAGUCCAUGUCCUUCCUGAAGGUGGACGGCCACAAGAAACAGCUGACUCUGCUGGAGCCGUCGCCCAAUGCCCCCUCGACCUCCUCCGCCACUGCCCAGAGGCGUUCGGCCACCGCUCCAAAGAUGUUUGCCUUCGAUGCCAUUUUCACCCAGGAUGCCUCCCAAGCGGAGGUUUGCUCAGGGACUGUUGCAGAGGUCAUCCAGUCGGUGGUGAACGGAGCAGAUGGCUGCAUCUUCUGUUUCGGCCACACGAACCUUGGCAAGACCUUCACCAUGAUUGGGCAGGACAGCACGACUCAGAGCCUGGGUGUGGCGCCGUGCGCGAUCUCCUGGCUCUUCAAGCUGAUCGAGGAGCGCCGGGAGAAAGCUGGCGCCCGCUUCUCCGUCCGCGUGUCCGCCGUGGAGAUCUGCGGCCGUGACGAAGCCCUCACCGACCUACUGGCCGACCUCACGUCGGGCAGCGCGCAGGACAGCCAGUCCCCCGGCGUAUUCUUGCGCGAGGACCCCGUCUCCGGAUCCCAGCUCCAGAAUCAGAGUGAGUUGAGAGCGUCCACGGCGGAGCGGGCGGCCUUCUACCUGGACGCGGCCCUGGCCGCGCGGAGCACCAGUCGGCCGGACUGCGAGGAGGAGGAGCGCAGGAACUCCCACAUGCUCUUCACCCUGCACGUCUACCAGUACCGCAUGGAGAAGAGCGCCAAAGGAGGAAUGUCAGGUGGUCGGAGUCGCCUUCACCUCCUCGACCUGGGCAGCUGUGAGUCCGACCUCAGCCAGACCCGCGAUGGUGGAAGGGGACAGUGCCUGUCCCUGGGUGCCCUGGGCAAUGUCAUCCUUGCCUUGGCGAACGGAGCCAAGCACGUACCAUACAGGGACAGCAAGCUCACCAUGCUGCUGAGGGAGUCCCUGGGCAACAUCAACUGCAGAACCACCAUGAUUGCCCACAUCUCAGACUCGCCAGCCAAGUUUGCCGAGACGCUCACCACCGUUCAGCUAGCCUCGCGUAUACACCGCAUGAGGAAGAAGAAAUCUAAGUAUGCAUCUAGCUCUUCUGGUGGGGAGAGUUCUUGUGAAGAGGGGCGGAUACGUCGGCCAGCGCAUCUCAGGCCAUUCCACCCCAGGACAGUGGCCCUUGACCCAGACAUGCCCUCGAUGCUCUCCAGCGACCCAGACUACUCAUCCAGCAGCGAGCACUCCUGCGACACCGUCAUCUACGUCGGGCCUGGCGGAGCCCAAAUCUCUGACCGCGAGCUCAGUGACAAUGAGGGCCCCCCCGCCUUCGUGCCCAUCAUUCCCUCUUUGAAUAGGAAGCGCGCAAAGGACAGUCCCUUGAGAGAUGGGGAUCAUUUGAAGUGCAACACGUUUGCGGAAUUGCAGGAACGUCUUGAAUGCAUUGAUGGCAGCGAAGGGCCAUCCACUUUCACAGUAGAGGGCAAGGGACCACAGGUAACCCCUAAGGUAACCCCCCUAAAUAGUGGGGUCGGCAAAGCAUUGGAGGAGACAGCAUCUUCUGCCAGGACUGCUAAGAACUCUUUCCAAAAGCCUCCCCACGACACAGGGUCUACCCACCCUGCUCCCCUCAAUCCUGAAAAGGAACAUUCCAGAGCUCACUCAGACGGGGGCGCCUCUGAACCUAGCCAAUGCGCAACAAGAGAUUCAGAACCCGUAGUCCGAGAGAAGGUCUACCUCAACAAAGGACCUUUGCCAAAACCCAACACCUCCCCAUCUCAAACCAGGUCCUCCAGGACAGCAGGUAGUCCUAGCAGUGGCCCUGCUGCACGGACGCCUCCCGUGGGGAUGAGCCAGCAGGCUCUGAGACAGGGUGAGCAAGGGGGCUCUCCUGUCAUGGAAAGAGCACACCACAUGAGCAGAAGUCCCCUGGAGGUGAGCCAUCUCAGAGCAGCUCUCAGGGGAAGGUGUCUAGAGCGGGAUGUGCUAAGAACCACACUCACUCUUCAGCAACCUGUGGAGCUGAACGGGGAGGACGAACUGGUGUUCACAGUGGUGGAAGACCUGCCCCCUGGUCUUAUCCCAGAUAAUGGCAGACCAUCCAGUAUAAUCAGCUUUAACAGUGAUUGCUCCCUACAGGCUUUAGCAUCAGGAUCACGGCCUGUUAGCAUAAUUAGCAGCAUUAACGAUGAGUUUGAUGCCUACACUUCCCAAGUGGAGGCCUCCCAGGCAACCUUGGAGGCUGUCAGGCGAUCGCAGGAAGACUUGUACACUUGCCACGGAAGUGGACAAUCCUCGAUUGGCUCUUGGCCUAGUGAGAUGAGUGUGUGCACGCUUGACAAUGAGGCAGUUCAUUCGCCCAAAGGUCACAUGCUGAAAGGUAGGAAUGUGAGGGCAGACGGCACAUCCUCUAUCUUGGAUUCACCUGGUGCGUUACGCAUGGACCCCUUUUCUCAGAAAGGGGCCAAGAGUUCCUUGGGAGACAGUGGUAUUUUCUUUUCAGAAGUUGACAGUGAGACAGCUAGUCCCUGCAGAGCAUCCCUGAACAAGUGCCCAGCCUCUCCUGAUACUACCAAAGCAUUCCUAAAAGGCCCUAAAUCAGCCAGAGCUAACACUCUGAACACCUCACAGUCCCCACAGUCCCACCAUGGCUCCCACUCCUCGCUACCCAGGAAAACCAAACCUACCUCGUCUGUUGCUCCAGGCCCUAGCUGCAGCCGUGAGCUGCAGAGGCAAGACAGCAGAUUGGAAGAGACAUGGCUUCGCGGUGCCAGUGGGUCCUCAAAUCCUAAACCCACAGACUCUGUAUCUUUUGUUAAGUCACCAAGAAAUGCCCUGAGUAGCAUUCCGACCAGGAAACCCAAUGGAAACAGCAACAGUGUUCCCCGUCCGCCCAAGGCGCAAGUCUCCUCUUCUACUCAAAGGGUGGUGGAUGGCUGUGAAAGAUCUAGCAGCAAGAAAGCCGACCCCUUGAGUAGGAUGCCACAGCUUAGGCGGGGAGCCACCACUCUUGGGACUGUGUCUGUGCCUCAUACUUCAUCUGAAUCUAAAUGGGGCCAGGAUGGGUUGCAAGGGACCAGCAGCCUAAGAUUCUCCUCUUUAGGUAAAAGAGGAAAUGGACAAAAGGCUAGUGGCCUGCCGAAGUCUGAAAGCAUUUCCCCUCCUGCCCCACCCCUUCGGAAGUCUAGCCUAGACCAGAGGACGAGGAUUGUUUUGUCUCCAAGUGCCUUGAGGUCAGGUAGCGAUGCAGCCAAAUCCUCACUUCCCAAAACCUCAGCCUCAGAGGAAGACUUUGAUUCUGCAAGCUUCAAAACAUCCAGUUUGAGGACGGCCUCUAGUCUGAAGGCACGAGGGGGCAAAGGUGAUAAUGGGAGGUACUUUGGUAGCCUGGUGUCCUUGGAACGAUGUGACAGUCUUACUUCGGUGGUAUCUAGACCAGGACUGUCAAGAGAGAACAGUGGUGCUAGCUUAGGAAGCACUGGCAAAUCAAGUAGGAUGGUUCCUCGUCUUGGGAUACCCACUUCAUCCUCAACUCCUACUGCAAUCUCUCCACCAUCCUCUGCCACCAGUGGAAGCAGACUUGGACAUAUCAAAGCCAGUAUCAGCUCUCGAGCUAUUGGUCCCAGUGGCACCAAAGCAAAGGUGCUGUCUGCGAGUGGCUCAAAGGCACUUAGUUCCUCCACCAAAUCCCUUACGACUUCAGCUGCACGUAAUGCCAGCCUGCCUCCAUCAGGAAAGACGCCGACUCGUUCAGUGCCAGGUGCUACUGCAAAACCAGGCAGAGGCACCAUCAUGGGCACAAAGCAAGCGCUACGUGCCGCGAACAGCCGAGUUAGUGAGCUAGCCUCUGGUAGUCCCAAGAAACACUUGAAGGGCUCCGGAGACUCAGCAGAUGGGAACGAUGGUGCUACAAAUCCCAGCGAUACACCCACCCCUGCCUCUCUGCCUUCACCCUACAGCAAGAUAACAGCCCCGAGGCGACCCCAGCGAUACAGUAGUGGUCACGGAAGUGAUAACAGUAGCGUUCUUAGCGGAGAACUUCCACCCGCUAUGGGCCGCACUGCCCUGUUCUACCACAGCGGAGGUAGUAGUGGAUAUGAGAGCAUGAUCAGAGACAGUGAGACUACAGGCAGCGCCUCUUCUGCACACGACUCUAUGAGCGAGAGUGGAGUCUCGACGUCCAGUCGAGCAAGGGCUUCUAAGUCACCCAAGAAAAGAUCAAACGGCCUCCAGAGGCGAAGGCUGAUCCCUGCCCCUCUGCCGGACACAUCCUCCCUGAGCCGCAAACCCGGGGCAGCGGGCCAGUGGGUGGAUUUGCCCCCCUUGGGUGGCACCCUGAAGGAGCCCUUUGAGAUUAAAGUGUACGAGAUUGAUGAUGUGGAGAGGCUCCAGAAACGCAAGGAGGGGAUGGGUGCUGAGCCAUUUCAGGAUGUUGAAAAGGGACUGCAGUACUUCAACGCGAGGCUCAGGAUGCUGGAGAAGCGUCAGCAGCAGAUCCGGGAGCUCAGGGCCAAGCACGAGAGACUGAAGAGGGAGCUGGAGGACGCCAAGACUCGGCUGAUGCUCGACCCCGGCAAGUGGAUGGGAGAGUUCGACGUAGAUCCAGACCUGGACAUGGACUCCCAGGACUACCUGGAGGCGCUGGUGCAGGCCACGGGGGAGCUGGAGUUCUGCGUCAACCUCUGCAAGUCUCGGGUCAUGAUGGAGACGUGCUUCGACAUUGUGGUGAGCGCCGCCGCCGCAGGGGCGCAAGGUGGACACCAGGAAGUGGAAGUUUGAGGCAAGGAGCAAGUGAAAGAAGAAAGAAAGAGAAGAGAAUACGAGGAGGAGGAGAAAAAGAAGAGAAGAAGAUGAUUCAGAGAGAACAGUGCUGGCAAAACAGAGAUGUGUCAGAGCGAGAGACAGUCUAAAAAGGAUCUGGAUGAUAGAGACAGCAAGAGCGGAAGAAGAAAUGAUGAUCCGGUCAGAGCCUGAACGAGCCUGAAAGUGAGACUGUGGCUGUAGCCUGGGGGCCAAGGAAUGGACUGAGAAUAAAUGAAUCACGACCGACCAAGGUUCAGUUCCCCUUGAAUCACCUGUGCGGACAGAAAAGACAGAUGUUAAACGUGAGUCAUCGUCGUCUCCAUCAUCGUCGUUGUGUUUUUUCACCAAGAAGUGCCUUGAUCAUUAACAAUCCUGAGGGAUUACCUUUCUUUCUGAUUUGGUGCUAGUUUUGAAACCAGCUUACCUGAGCAAACCCUUAUGUAUUCCAUUUUUUGAGAAAGUCACAUAAAAGUAUUUUAUAUUGUAUUGUAAUCUAUGGUGUAUGUAUAUAUGAUUUUAGUUAAGAAAAACAACAUAAAUCAAGGGGCAGUAAUAUAAUAUACAUACUGUAUAUGUAUAUGUGUAUAUAUCAAUAUGUAUAUUGUUGCAUACCCUUCAGACCUUUGCCUUUUUGUUAUUCUCCAUCACAGUCCCUCCCGUUACUGUGCUGGUGGUCGCUUUGAUGUUGCGCUCGGAAAAGUUUCCUCUCUCUCCGUUUGGUAUGCGUCUCGCCCGCUGCGAUUUAAUCGCUGGCCGUUAGCCGCUCUCGCUGCCCGCUCCGCUGGUCCUGAUAGCGACCCUGAGUGAGUGUGCUGUUUCCGGGACGGAACGCCGGAACUCUGCUCAGAGCGCGUCAUCUGUCUCUCUUAGUUACACUCAUCCUUCAGGGACUGGCCGUCUUUCCCACUCUCGCCACGUCUGAGUGGGUGUGUGUGUUUGGGUGGACGUGUGUGUGUGUGUGUGUGUGAGUGUGUGUGUGUGUGUGUGUCUGUGUGUGUGUGUCUGUGUGUGUGUGUGUGUGUGUGUGUGUGUGAGUGUCUGUGUGUGUGUGUGUGUGAGUGUGAGUGUGUGUGUGUGUGUGUGUGUGUGUGUGGACCCUGCAGACCCGCCCAGCCGUGAGAUCUUUUGAGUGGCACAGCCGGAUGCGUCCCAUAAAUCAUAGGCUUUCAGACUCCAGCGCGGGGCACCUGACACACAAGGGUGGCAUUGAGCUCCCAGUGCAAACAUGAUACUGCAGAGUCUACCUGCCCCUGUGCUUGCAUUUGGGCUGCUGGGUUAUUGAUCCAACCAGCGAGACUGUGGACAAAACAAUAGGGCAUCAUCUUCAGCAGAGCGGCAACCGGAGUCGAGAGACCAAAAAAUCCUCAACUCUGUUGGAAAAUCACAGUGAUCUGAUUAAUUGGCUCCAAAUCUCUCACUGUUAGUGGAACACACACACACACACACACACACGCUGAAAAAUGAGCAGUGGGAUAUAAACAUUCCCUUUCAAGCGAGUGGGUUUCAAACAGUGUGUGUAAUCAAACCAAUACUCACAGCGGGCAGUGGGCUCCAAACUCUUAUCCCCGUGCUCUUUGUACUGUAGGCCUAUCAGCAGUCGAGAAAACUCACAAAGAGUUAAUGCCAACAUUCUCUUCCCUGCGAACCAGCUUCCUCUGAUUACCGGUGCUUCUCACCGACGCCCUUGUGCUUUUUUAGCCAUAUAAGGUCACCUUAGGAGCUCAGUCAAAGGUUUUUUAAAGAGGUCCACCAACAUGAGAAAACAAUUAACCAUCUGAGGUCAAACCGAUGACUAAGUAAUUUUGAUUAUAACCUUGGAUGUCAGCAUGUUUAAGUAAUUAUCGCAAUAUGACGCAUUGACUUCAACACUGUAUGAGUUCCAUGGUGGCACAGCCUCUCACGUGAAGGCUGUCCACGCUAUUGAAUGACACUAAACAUGGCAAGUCAUUCAUGACUAAUCAUUUGUGAUUCGUGUGCACAUCACUGACCGCACAUCUAUCCGUUAGCAUAGUUUGUUUUAUGUGAACGGGUCAAGUAACACAGUUACGGCGCAGCAACGCAAAAUUGUCCGAACGACGUAACUGGUUGUUAAGAGUUCAUUUGAGCAUUUCUCCGGACAUGACAUGAGUGUAGUAUUCCAUUGUAGUGUUAUGACAGAACCAAAGGGGUCGGGUGAACUGAGAUGUUAACUUUUGAGAAAUCUGUUACUCUUUGGGGAUUCUGAGUGUGAGCAACCUGUUACUGAUGUUAAGUACAUCACUGUAUGAACUGAAAAACUAUGCUGUUUCUGUGCAGACUGUGGUCUUUUAUCUCUCUCUCUGUUUGAAUGCAUUCUGCCCACACCUGUUAAUGAGUCUUUGUUUUUUGGUGUUGCCGUACGAUGGUCCAUUUGAUCUUUCGAAGAUGAAAACAGAAAAAAUGAGUAUGUGUGUUAAAUUGCUCCCAUUUCAAAAAUCAUAACCUUUAAAAACUAUGUAUUUUUUUAACAGAAUGAAUCCUCUUUUCAACAAAGACAAAUCUCUCAGGCUCAUUUUGUAGUUGCUGCAUGAAAUAUUUAUUAAUCUUUUUGUAAUAUUUAUUUUAUUUUAUUUUACUGUCUUUUUCAAACCUUAGUCUGUUUUUUUCCCUUUUAUCAGUAAGUUAUAUAAAAUACUUUUUUGCCAAACAUAUUGAGAGAGAGACUUUUAACAUGUAACAUGUUUUUUUGGCUUUGUAUUGUACAGUUUUAUAAUCCUUUCUAACAAAAUGUACAGUAUUCAGUUUGCAUCUAUUCAUAAUUGUGAAUAAAGGUUACCUUUUCCUCU